UCGUUGAAUGCAAUAAGGCUAGAUUGAGCCGGCCAGGAACUGUAUGUGCACGAUUUCUGGCUUCUGCAACGAUCCCACUGCAAAAUAGCGGCAAAUUAGUGCAAUCGAAGGUGUAAACAUAAACAAACAGGCCGUGGUUGUCUGCUUAAAGAACAAAGUUUAUUGAACACCUCUUAACUUUUUCGCACAGAGCAAAGGAACACACGCAAAAAAAAUGUCGAUUGUCGCUGAAAUUUUGUCUUCAAGAGGCAAGCUAGAAUUUGAGGAUGUCAGCAGCAAACUUGCUGCAGUCCAAGAAGCAGUUGACGCUUCUGUGGAGCAGGCAAGGUCGAUGUUGUCUCACAAGUACAAGCAGUUCCGACUGCAUCAAGAGAACAACCAACGAACCCUGCUCGAACUUCAAAAACUAUCAACCACCAUGGAGUCUCUGAAAACCCGCAUCGAAACGCAGACCAAAGCUGACAUCCAAAAUACCAGCAGCGAGCUGAAAACUCUUUCCGACGCCCUUAGAAAAGUGAACCUCAAAGCAAGCUGUACAAAAGGGGUGUUGGAGAUUGAUAGAAGCCUUGGAGAGGUGGAUCAGCUGCUCAAGUCAAAGCGUCUCCACUUGGCCGCUCAGAUUUCCAUGAAAAUGCAAACUGUUGUCAAAGAAACUGACGACAUUGAGCCAGAGGUGAUGAAAGCUGUCAAGAUCAAUGCCAUCAUUGCCCACGAGCAGCUACUUAACGAUAUUAGCAACAUUUGGAAGAAUUCGGUCGUUUGCCAUCACGAAGACGAGGAAAGACUGUUUGUCCUCAAAAUCAAACCAGACCCUCUGCCAGAACUGAUUGCUGCUCUCCAGCUAAUCGGAAACGACCACAUGCUGCAAACGUUUGCAAACCGCUUGCUGGACAACCCCAUGAGCACUGUGAUGACCAAGAGCACUUGUUACGAGUGUGAAACAGGGCAGGUUACCAUUAAAGUUUCCAGCGAUAAACGGCCAGCCGUCCUGGACGUAGUUGAAUGUUUGGCCAUGAUUUUUGAGGUGCUGAACGCCCCUGCCACCAGUGACGGUCGGUCUUUGUUGAGCAUGAUUGGCCACGACAUAGGAGAGCGAUUCUGCCACAUGUUCAUUGAAGAAGUGCUGCAAAAAUCUGUUCCUGUCACAGCUCAGGAGAAAAGCCAUUUUGUGGAGCACGUUGGCCAAAAAAUUGAAGACAUGCAGGUCUUUCUGACCACUUCAGGAUUUCUCAAGGAGAGCCAAACAGACAUAAUGGAUUAUGUGCAAAAUAUUGAUUUGCAUUUCAUAAACAAAACAUGUGAGCGCUACCUGGAAAAAUCAAGGGAAAUAAUCUUCAAAGACCUGCAUAACACCAUUGAUCUGGACGUUGAGGAAGGAGGUAUACAAGAGGAUAUUAACGAAGAUCCUUCCUACAGCAGCCUUAGCAGUGCCACUACGAAAUUUCCAAAAUGUUCUAUUAGUGCGUCUGCAAAAGAAAUAUUGGAGCUUGUUAUGGAAAUGCUAAGCGAGUCUUCUAAGAGCACCGGAAUGAAGGCGGAGAGGCUGUAUUUGACGGCAAGAAAUGCACUCGAGUCGUACUGCAGUCUUACGCCAAUUUACCACAAAAAAUACUUGGAUAGCCUUCCUCAGCAAGCUGCCAUUUUCCACAACAACUGCAUGUAUCUUGCUCAUCAGAUGUUGAUCCUUGGCCCUCACUUCAGCACACUCCUCAGCAAGUCCCUUCAGCUACAGUCGAUCACAUUCUUCGACAUCAUUGUCAAACUGCGAAAGACUGGUUGCCAGGUUUUCUUGGACCAAAUGCAAGUGCAGAGAAAGCAGCUUGUGGAACUGCUGCGUGAUUCCCAAAUCACUCACAUUGGAGAAAGCGACCACCUUCCCUCUAAAACCGAGAAGUGUGUUCGCCAGUGUUUGCGGCAGCUUGAAGUUCUGCAGCACGUCUGCCAGCCUGUUCUGCCUGAAGAAAUUUUCAAUAAGGCUAUUGGGGCACUUGUCAACAGCGUGGUCGAGGAGAUGAUUGUGAGAAUUUGUUCGGUCGAAGACAUUCCUGCCAGUGCUGCUUCCGACCUGGUGACAGUGUGCAGCCUUGUUAUUGACAAGGCGCCUCGGUUGCUCACAGAUCCAAACAAGAUUCAUCAGUACGUGAAGAGAUGGGGAGCUUUCGAAGAACUAAUGCAAGUUCUAAGUGGAAAUCUGGCAACCAUUGAAGCUCGAUGGGCCCACAGGAUGGGUCCAUUGGCACAAGAAUUCUCAGCCAACCAAGUGAAGCAACUCAUCAAGGCGCUUUUCCAAAAUACUGCAAGAAGGGCUGCUGUGCUAGCAAAUAUUGAGUGAAAACAAAUCAUUAUCCUGUAAUUGUCAGGUAUAAAUUGCUAAGAUGGUUCUAUUUUCUGGUAAUAUCGCAUUUCAGCGUACACUAAGCGCCUGAUGUCAAGUGUUUUUAAAUUCUGUGAAUUAAUAUAAGCAGUCGUGUUUCUCAAUCAUUUCUAAUAAUUAUAAAAAAAAAUCAUCUAUACAGUUUACUUAAUAAAAAAAAACUAUCAUUGCCAUUUAAUAAGGAGAAAUGGGGAAACCAAAGGGUCUGCUCAAAUAUAAUUUUAUUGUUAUAAUUUCCUCAGUCUUUUUGAAAUAAAUAUUAAUUUACUUCAAAAAUAAAUUUUUGAUAAAAUUUAUAA